AUGGUCACAGGAGAUAAGAAUGGGAUCCUAAGCAUGGAAAUAUUGUUUUCAGCAGUAGGCUCUCGUCAUGCCACCCGGAUCCAAUUGGUUAAAUAUAGUUUUGAGCACAAGGCAGGAGACAGUGAGCGUUAUAACACCAUCAUAAUGCAUGAAACGAUUAGAGUUGCUGUUAUACAACAGUUUGAGGGUGUUACCAUGGUGCCAGCAGAUCUCAUGAGAGUUAUGGAAGCUUCAUUUCUGGAGUAUUAUGAUCAUUAUGUUGAAAUUUGUGAAAAAAAUAUGCAUCUAGAUGGACAAACCAUGGUGGAUCCUUUCCGGGAAUGGCGAGGACACUUCCAGUAUGCAACCCUUUUGAAGAACCUCAAGAGACUAAAAGCCAAAAUUGAGGCGAAGGUAGACAGUGAAGUACCUGAAAACCCCAUAACAGCAGAGAGUGAUGAUGUAUCUAGUAUAUCAGAAGAUAAACCUGAGCCAUAGAUAGCAUCAGUAAUCACUCCCCGAGCCAUAAUUAGUAACCUUGGUCUCCAAUCAUCACUUUAGCAUCACAUAUGAUUAAGACUGUACACUGUGGUGCUGAAAUGUAGAAUAUGCAGGAGAGAGUAAGAACUCUCCAGCAUAGUUUUUUUUGUACCAAUGGAACUGUAUCCAGUCUUGCAAGUUUUAAGUUUCUUGAUAUGAGAUUAUGAUUCAUGCAUAAAUUGUGAUUGUGUUUGGCAAAGAAAAUUUGAGAAUAUUUCAAGUGAUAUGUGUCUGACAUGAUUUUAGUGUAAUUUACCUCUGAGGGUUGAAGAAAGUAUGGCACUGUAAGGAACAGUGAGGGCAAAAGAAAUCUCAUUGGAAAUAAUUGCAUUAAAAUCUUUUGAUGAAGAAAAAUUGUAUGUUGAAUGUUUCUUACUUAGUCUUGAUAUGAGCUUUAAUUACUGGAGCCUUUAAAAAGGCCAAUGUGUUCUUGAUUCUAGAACCUUUAAUAACUAUAGUUCACUGAAGAGAAUCAAGGUUAUAAAUUUAGGGACACAGUAGUCUUGUCUUUCAUGUUUAUAUGACAUGUAUAAAAUGGUAGAAAUGUUAUAUUUGCUUGUUAAUUCAGAAACUGUUGUCUUGCAUAAGGCAAGGAAAAUAAUUUUCAUUUGUCUAUUUAUCAAAUGAUAGUGGACAUCAAGUUUUAUCAUUGAGAAUAGACUACUAUUUGAUGUGAGAGCUGUAAUAUUUUCAUGUUCUUCAUUAUUAUUCUUAUAACUGCUGCAUGAGACAUAUAUGGAUAAGAGAGCUUUGAAAAGACCUUAGAUUAAAUUCAAGAAAUGCAUUGCAUGUUUCUUUAAUGAGAAUGAUUGAUUAUAUUGUUUGUUUUUUAUGUUUUUUCCUUCUUUUCUAGAGAAGAAGCUAAAAACAUGACACAUCUUUCCAAAAGUUCAUGUGUGUGAAAUAUGUAACAAAUUCAAUAAGCCUAUGAGUGAAUCUAGGGAAAGACAAAGAGACAGAGAAAUGUUCUGAUGUUAUUACAUGGGGAUAGUCUUUCACAACCCUUUAAUCCUCAAGAAUUUUUUAUUACAAUGAUGAAGGUUAUAGAUUUCUAUAUGAUAUAAUAGUCAUGUAAAUCAGUAGACUAAGUAAGCUUUAUUUGUGAACACAUUUAUAGUAUUACAUUUUCUAGCAAGUGAGUUAUGGAAGGUAUUGUUACCUCUUUGCUGAGUCGGCUUUAAAGGGCCGAUGGUAGUUGUAACUGUGAAAAUGUUUUGUUCCUAAUGUAUUUGGAAACUCCAGAAAAUAUAUUAGCAAUGUAACAGUCAGGUUUGUAAAACUAGUCUGUUUUCAGAGCUAGAAAAUAGAAAUCCUUCCUAUAACCGGAAAAAUUAUUGCAUCCAGAUGUUGUGCUUAUUAUUUGUUAUCAUCACUUCACCAAUGCUGAUAUAAGAUAAAGAAUGUAUCUUGAAAAUUAGAGUGAUACGUGUAUGCUUUGAAUUCCAAAAUUUGAAGAACUGUCUUUAGGAAAAUGAAUCAUGAAGUAUUUCCAGUGCAUCACAGAUAUGCUGAUUAGUUUUCUUGGUAAAUCUGAAUUAUACAAAUGUACACCCUGUUCAUAUUGCAUAAGAAAAUGAACUACUUUGAUUUUUUUUGGUAUUUUGUGCAUAUCAUUGUACAUUUAGCUAUGGCAGUAAAGCUUUUGGUUGCACAUCACUUACAAAAUACCUGAAGGAUUGAAAUAAUCAUUUUAUGGUUCACACACACACACGCACAUGCACACGCACUUACACUCACACUCACACUCACACUCACACUCACACUCACUCACACUCACACUCACACUCACACUCACACACAC